AGGGGCCCUGAACAGAAGCCCAGGGCCACGCUCGCAGCCACGGCUGCAUAGGGCUGGGAGGUGCGGGAGUUCGGGCGGAGGCCCGGGCAGGGUUGGGCCAGGCGCGUGGGAGCCAGGAGGGGGUUAACGCUAACCCCUCCCCCCGGGCUGACAUCACGGGAGAGCGGGUGAGAGGCUGGAUCGGCGAGUGAGAGAAAGAGAGGGAGAGCAGCGAGCGCGGCUCGCCUCGGCGCCCGGGAAGCUCCACAUUGUUGCGGAUCGCCCGCACCGGGCGCAGCGGCGGCGGUGGGGACUCGUGGCGCACCCGGCUUUCUCCCUACGCUCCUCCAAGACCGCGCAGCCCCGAGCCUCGCGGGCAGCUGGCCGCCGUAGCCGCACACCACAGCCUGGGCCCCGAGCCCUCCGCACCGCCCGGCCACCCUCGGAGAACGGCCGGCCAUGGACGCCUGCAAGUUGGAGACGAGCGGGAGGGUGUGAACGAGCCCAGGGCCGGGAGCCUGCGCCUCGCUAGCCCGGCAGCCGGGCGCGCCGGGGGUGGGUCCCUCUCCCCAGCCGGCUCUGCGUGGAAGAAGAGGGCGGGGACCGGGUCGAGGAGGAGAGCAGAGGAGGCGAAGGGGGCAUGACUCGUGCAACUUGCGGCGGGCAUCUGCCGAGGCUCUGAGCCGGCGGCAGCCCCGGGCCGGGAUUGCGGCCGCGCGGAUCCCACCCAGCCCACCCCGCCCCGGCCGACGGCUGCGGCUGACCUGGAUCCUCCGAGCGCUUGCCGGGCACCAGCGAUCCGCCCUCGUCUUCCAGGCUGGUUUCUGGAGCGCGAGGAGCGCCCUCCUGGCCGCCCCUUUCGCCGGACCCCCGCCCCCCGAUGGCUCGGAUGGGGCUUGCGGGCGCCGCUGGACGCUGGUGGGGACUCGCUCUCGGUUUGACCGCCUUCUUCCUCCCAGGCACUCACGCGCAGGUGGUGCAGGUGAACGACUCCAUGUAUGGCUUCAUCGGCACAGACGUGGUACUGCACUGCAGUUUUGCCAACCCACUGCCCAGUGUGAAGAUCACCCAGGUCACAUGGCAGAAGGCCACCAACGGCUCCAAGCAGAACAUGGCCAUCUAUAACCCAACGAUGGGCGUUUCUGUGCUGCCUCCCUACGAGAAACGAGUGGAGUUCCUGCGACCCUCCUUCAUCGAUGGCACCAUCCGCCUCUCCCACCUAGAGCUGGAGGACGAGGGCAUGUACAUCUGUGAAUUUGCCACUUUCCCUACAGGCAACCGUGAGAGCCAGCUCAAUCUCACUGUGAUGGCCAAACCCACCAACUGGAUUGAGGGCACCCAGGCAGUGCUCCGAGCCAGGAAGGGACAAGAUGACAAGGUCCUGGUGGCCACCUGCACCUCAGCCAAUGGGAAGCCUCCUAGUGUGGUGUCCUGGGAAACACGGCUAAAAGGCGAGGCCGAGUACCAGGAAAUUCGGAACCCCAAUGGUACAGUGACAGUCAUCAGCCGUUACCGCUUGGUGCCCAGCAGGGAAGCCCACCGGAAGUCCCUGGCCUGCAUCGUCAACUAUCACUUGGACCGCUUCAGGGAGAGCCUUACACUCAACGUGCAGUAUGAACCUGAGGUGACCAUUGAGGGCUUUGACGGCAACUGGUACCUGCAGCGGACAGACGUGAAGCUUACGUGCAAAGCAGAUGCCAACCCUCCAGCCACUGAGUACCACUGGACCACGUUGAAUGGCUCUCUCCCCAAAGGUGUGGAGGCCCAGAACAGAACCCUCUUCUUCCGGGGUCCCAUCAACUACAGCCUAGCAGGAACCUACAUCUGUGAGGCCACCAACCCCAUUGGUACCCGCUCAGGCCAGGUGGAGGUCAAUAUCACAGAAUUCCCCUACACCCCGUCUCCUGAACACGGGCGGCGCGCGGGGCAGAUGCCCACGGCCAUCAUUGGGGGCGUGGCAGGAAGUGUCCUGCUGGUGCUGAUUGUGGUUGGAGGGAUCGUGGUGGCCCUGCGCCGGCGCCGGCACACCUUCAAGGGUGACUACAGCACCAAGAAGCAUGUAUAUGGCAACGGCUACAGCAAGGCAGGAAUCCCCCAGCAUCACCCGCCCAUGGCACAGAACCUGCAGUACCCCGAUGACUCGGAUGAUGAAAAGAAGGCUGGUCCACUGGGUGGGAGCAGCUACGAGGAGGAAGAAGAGGAGGAGGGUGGUGGAGGAAGCGAACGCAAGGUGGGCGGCCCCCACCCCAAAUAUGACGAGGACGCCAAACGGCCCUACUUCACUGUGGAUGAGGCUGAGGCCCGUCAGGGCGGCUAUGGGGACCGGACUCUGGGCUACCAGUAUGACCCUGAACAGCUGGACUUAGCUGAGAACAUGGUUUCUCAGAACGACGGGUCUUUCAUUUCCAAGAAAGAGUGGUAUGUGUAGCCCCGCCUUCUGGAGCCUCUGUCUGUGCCCACUUCUCCUUGGCCCCUACCCGCACGCCCCCUGCCCACCCCCACAGCCCACCACUGCCCCAGGAGCUCGACAGAGACUUGACCAGCUGCCCUAAACCAGCCCCAAACUCCUGGGGAGCCAGGGGAGCUCAGGGCAGACCCCACUUGGCUUUGUUUUUGUUUUUGUUUUUAAAUUUCCUCCCUCACCAACCCUCCCCAAUGGUGUUGUGUUCGACCGUGGCUUUGGUGUUACCCUAUCUUUCCUUUAAGGACCCCUUCCACUGCCCUCUGUGUAGGGAGCCCUGUUCUUGUCUUGUGUACUUGGGCACCCCUCCAGGGUUUGGGGAGCCAGUCCUCUCCCACCCCCACCCCCAACACUGGAAUUUGUUUGUUUUCUUUAUUGGGGAUGGAGGGCAAAGGGAGCUUCAAGAUGAAGCCCACCCUCACCCCUACCCCAUAUGCUGCUCUUCUUCCCAGAGAGAAGUACCCCAAUCUCCCCCACUAAGCUGAUGCUACCAGUGCACCUAAGAGGUUUUUAGGUAUACACGGGAGUCUUGUCUGUGAAAUAAUGAUGCUGGGGCCCUGGGCAGUGUGUUUUCCUAGUGAGGGUGGUUUUACGUUUUCUUCCUUCUGACCUACAAAGUGGAGUUGGCCUAGCUCUCAUAUAUCCCUCCCGUUCAACCCCGAGUCCGUUCUCUACACAGUGGGUGACCCCAGGUGGGCUCUACCCUAUAUGCCUCUGCCAACACGUGCACACAUAUCCAUGCACACACCCCUGGGUCGAUGCCAAUCUCCCCCUCCC